CUGGGAGGAGGGGGAGGCUGCGUUCCCCUGGUAAAGGAGGCGGGUGCGGGGUAGGGUGGGGAUGCCCGGGGCUCGGGGUGGGGCUGCAGUUCCAUCAGUCCUGCAGAGCCACCAAGCAGAGCCAGAGCCCCCAGUUCUUUGCUCACCCUCUCGAUAGCUCUCUCAUUCACUCCCUCCCUUCCUCCCCUCCUUCCUCCUGGCGGCGGCUGGGGCGGCAGCGACGCUGGAGAAGCAGCGAAGAGGAGUGGCCCGGCUCUGGAAGAAUGUGGCUCUGCCGAGGGGGCAGAACCUGACACAGUCUCCCCAGGUUUUAAGCAGUCCGAGCCAACCUAGGCAACGCAAGCGUGCUGGUCGCGGACCCCCGCACCUGGACAACUGGAGGUCCUGAUCGAUCUAACCACCGGAGCCUCCGGGCUUGGACAUGCUGGAGGAGCCCCGGCCGCCACCUCCGCCCUCGGGCCUCGCGGGUCUCCUGUUCCUGGCACUGUGCAGUCGGGCUCUCUGCAAUGAGAUUCUGGGUCUGAAAUUGCCCGGUGAACCGCCCCUGACGGCCAACACUGUGUGCUUGACGCUAUCUGGCCUCAGCAAGCGACAACUAGGCCUGUGCCUGCGGAGCCCCGACGUGACAGCGUCUGCGCUUCAGGGUCUGCACAUUGCGGUCCACGAGUGUCAGCACCAGCUGCGCGACCAGCGCUGGAACUGCUCAGCGCUCGAGGGCGGCGGCCGCCUGCCGCACCACAGCGCCAUCCUCAAGCGUGGUUUCCGUGAGAGUGCUUUUUCCUUCUCCAUGUUGGCUGCUGGGGUCAUGCAUGCGGUAGCCACGGCCUGCAGCCUGGGCAAGCUGGUGAGCUGCAGCUGCGGCUGGAAGGGCAGUGGUGAACAGGAUCGGCUGAGGGCCAAACUGCUGCAGUUGCAGGCACUGUCCCGAGGCAAAAGUUUCCCCCACUCCCUGCCCAGCCCUGGCCCUGGGUCAGGCCCCAGCCCUGGCCCCCAGGACACAUGGGAAUGGGGUGGCUGUAACCAUGACAUGGACUUUGGAGAGAAGUUCUCUCGGGAUUUCUUGGAUUCCAGGGAAGCUCCCCGGGACAUCCAGGCACGAAUGCGAAUCCACAACAACAGGGUGGGGCGCCAGGUGGUAACUGAAAACCUGAAGCGGAAAUGCAAGUGCCAUGGCACAUCAGGCAGCUGCCAGUUCAAGACAUGCUGGAGAGCAGCCCCAGAAUUCCGGACAGUGGGGGCUGCACUGAGGGAGCGGCUGGGCCGGGCCAUCUUCAUUGAUACCCACAACCGCAAUUCUGGAGCCUUCCAACCACGCCUGCGUCCCCGUCGUCUCUCAGGAGAGCUGGUGUACUUUGAGAAGUCUCCUGACUUCUGUGAGCGAGACCCCACCAUGGGCUCCCCAGGCACAAGGGGCCGGGCCUGCAACAAGACCAGCCACCUGUUGGAUGGCUGUGGCAGCCUGUGCUGUGGCCGUGGGCACAAUGUGCUCCGGCAGACCCGAGUUGAACGCUGCCAUUGCCGUUUCCACUGGUGCUGCUAUGUGCUGUGUGAUGAGUGCAAGGUCACAGAGUGGGUGAAUGUGUGUAAGUGAGAGUAAGCCUCACCUUGGGGCUGGGUAGGAGGGAUACCUUUUCAGCCCUUUGCUCUGAUUUCCAUCCAGGGCCAAUCUCGGUGCCUGGAGGCUCAAAAUAUCUACCUGGAAACAGCUUUGGGGGUGGUGGGAGUCAGGUGGACUCUCUGAAUGUGCAGCCUUCACCCCAAAGUUGGAGGGCCUUGGGGGAAAACUAACUCCUCUUCUGCUCCUUAAACACCUAAAUGGACUAAGAUGAAAUGCACUGUAUUGCUCCCCCUUCACAACUCCAGGGCCCCUUUAAUUUGAUCCCAUGCCCCUUUUAGCUAGGGAGUCCCUAUAGCCUGACCAUUCUUCUCCCUUGAGGAAUAACCCCAGGCGUUGUAUGGAGCCAUAGAUCUGUAUCUAGAAAGAGACCACCCAUUCCUAUUUGCUGUUCCCAAAUUCCUCUGCUGCAGCUUGGACUCCCUCUUGUGGGGUAAUGGGAAGCAGUGGUAGAGAGGUUUUUCUUGGGGGAAGGACAGAGUACUGGGGUGCACUAUCCUCUGAAUCCUCAGAGUUGUCUGUCUAGCCCGUUAGGGAAGUUGUUUUCUUUCAUUCACAUGUUAAAGGAGACCCUCUAAAGGAAGGGUUUUCCCUAGACUCUUAGGGCCUCUUUUUCCUCUUCAGCUGGAGGGAUGGGAAUAGAUAAUUUAUUGUACUGAGACUUGUUCUUGGUUCCUGUUUGAAACUAAAAUAAAUUAAGUUACUGGA